UAUAUUUUAGGGAUAACUAUGCGAAUCACUUACUUGUAUCUGCAAAAGCAAUCAGUAUUUUGUAAACAUGAACGAAAACAAUCUAUUAAUUAUAUAACUACACGUCAUGCUGAAGACAUCCAAGUAACUUUGUUAUUACAGACGGUUAACAAAUGACACGGAGCCUUUGGAACAUCUCUUUCAAAUUCAAUUAAGAUUUUCAAGUGGCUACGAUUUGCAUAAAGUAAUAAAGGCAUCAUUAUUGGAUCAUGCGAGGUCGGAGCGUUGUAGCAACAAGCAACGAAUUCUGGUUACAGAUGAACGCGAAGUUUACGUAAAUAUUUUUCUCUGCAAGAAGUCGCCAGAUUCCCCUCGUUGCCUAAUUACAUCAAUGGUAUGCAAAUCGCCACAGCCGUUCGUUUGUUUGGGCCACUUCGCCACUAAUUAUUUUAAACUAUUUUCCGUGUGAGAGUCUCCGUUUCAUCUGCGUUCUCUCUCUUAAUUAAUUUCCUCGCAUCAGCGGACGUCCACAAAUGUCGCAGUAUCAAGCGGUGCAGAUUUAUCGAGAGCUCAAUUAAAACAACAGCGAAAACUUCACCUCGAGCAUUAGACCCUAAUCCCUGGAACGUGCCUUCAGCCUCCUUGAAACAAUUAAUCAAUCAAUUAUUGUUCACCUGAACUGUAAUGAAUGUGGGAAGGCUCAAGAAGCUCUAAAUUGUAUUAGCGUUCAGUCUAAUGUACUAGACACCCUUCACCACACGCUCCGGUAUUUUUCCAUUGUUGUGACCCGUUUACCCCUCAUCAAUUAUUCAUGUCUUGUACCCUCAUGAAAAGAUUAAUGUCAUUUGUUAUUACAUAAAAAUGUAAUGGAGAUUUUGUCCGGUAUUUUUAGCCCUUGGACUGCACAAACACUCAACGGGGAUGAUAAAGGAUAAGAAAAACAGUCUUUUGUUUGCUGUCUAGAGUAGUGCCGUCAUUCCUCAAUUGAAUUAAGCUCGAGCUUUUUAGGUCCUCGGCUAAUUUCAGGUCAAGUUGCCAAAUAGCGCUGAAACAAUGCAAGGGUUUUAUAUGCUCGAAACUAGAAUUGAUUAUGCUAUCGUCGUGGUAACUCGAGUUCGUUGCGCAAAUGAAAUUCAACUCCUUCUAUUAUUGUGUUUCCUCAAGGUCUGAUGAGAAAAAACAACAUGUGCACAUUAAUUCAAAGUGUCAAAAAAACGCGCUUCAACCAAAUGUUAUAUACGGUUGAAACAAUAAAGCAAACAUUUUCUUGCCUGUAGCGAUAUAAUCAAAAUGCGCCACAAUUUUUUGCUUCAGGGUCUCUCCUUUCCAUGUUGUUUUGACUUUCCUCCUGAUGGAUUUUUGCGAGCAUCUAUCUUCGUUCGAGUUUUUCACGUCAGUUCCACUUUACGCAUCUAUUUUAGAGUGUUUUGCUCACUAACAUGUUAUUCUCGGGGGUAUUCCAUAUGGAAAUAACACGUUGAGACAGACCCCUGCAAUCUAGGAUAGAAGUAGAUUGCCCGCAAAUUCGUUCAGUUAAUUAUCGAUUAAAGUUACUUGAAAAUACCUCUGGCUAAAUGUGGGUAGGGGUAAAUUUAGAUUUGAUCUGUCCCCCGCUUCAAAGGUUUGUAAAAAUUCACAUUUUUCGCAAAUAAAGUAAUUUGUGCUUUUGACAUCAAAGAGAUCAAAGCAAAAAAUGUAGCGCAUCCACCAUUUCUCAAAAGUUAAAAUCCGUAAUAACGUUAGCUGGAAAUGAGUGGGUUUUGUGAAAGGCAAAAUUAAUCCACCGAAAGUCCUUUGUCAUUCUUCAAAACGGAUUGAUAUAAAUAAGAUCCUUGUUUUGGCGUCUUGUCCUCUUAUCUAGCUGCGAAGGUAAACACGGUGUAGAUUUAACAUAAUAUAACACUUGUUGGGAUCUAAUUCUCUUAGAUGAAUCGGUGCAUGCGCUUUUGAACUCCUGUUUCGGGGGCGGAAUAUUGGUGGCAAACAGAGAAGGUUGUAGGUUUCUGGGAAAGCAGGGUGUGCUAAUCGAUUUGUUACAUUUUCGAGGCGAAAAAAUGUUAGAUAUGUCGUAAAGUGACGAUUGAUUCGUAUCAAGGAUUAUUUUUGCUGAUCAAUCAAAGGAUAUGAUGCUGCUUAUUUGAUAUUUCGGAUUAUCCUUAAUUGAUCGGAUGUGCGAUUCACUGUUAAUUUUUUUUGGGGGGAUAGUCGAUAGAGCAGGAUGGACGCUGAAAAAAAGGAAUACAGACUUAUCCUGCCAGUACCCAUGUACCAUAAUGAUUACAACAUCUGGUCAGUUUUAAAAAAUUGCAUUGGAAAAGAAUUAAGCAAAAUUACAAUGCCGGUGGUAUUCAACGAACCGUUAAGCUUCCUACAAAGGAUGGCCGAAUACAUGGAAUAUUCCUAUCUACUUAGGUUAGCGUCCCAACAACAAGACCCAGUCACCAGAAUGCAAUACGUGAUCGGAUUCGCAGUUAGCGCUCUAGCAUCUAACUGGGAACGUCUUGGUAAGCCCUUUAAUCCUCUAUUGGGAGAAACCUACGAACUCGAACGCGAGGAAUUCAAAAUUAUUUGCGAACAAGUCAGUCAUCACCCACCAGUAUCCGCCUUCAAUGCCGAAAGCAAAGACUGGGUGUUCCACGGGUCUAUCCACCCCAAACUAAAGUUUUGGGGGAAAAGCGUCGAAAUCCAACCCAAAGGAACAGUAACUGUUGAAUUCCCUAAACUAAACGAGGCCUACACCUGGAGCAAUGUCCAGUGUUGUGUGCACAACAUCAUUGUGGGAAAACUGUGGAUGGAGCAAUGCGGGACAAUGGAAAUUGUUAACCACUCAACCGGACAUAAAGCCCACCUGACAUUCAAACCAGCAGGUUGGAAUUCUAAAGAUCUGCACAGGGUUGAAGGCUACAUAAUGGACAAAUCGAAGCACAAGCUUUUCUUCAUUUACGGAAAGUGGACCGAGUUUAUUAAAUGCACGGACUACUCAUCCUACGAAGAGUAUCUUAAAGAGAAUUCGCACAAAUUCCGCCGCGAAGGCGACAAAAGCAAGAGUCCGAGCGACUCCCCGUCUCAUACUUCUCGGAAAGUUUUGCAAAAACUGAAUAGCUUGAAAGUUAGCCCUUUCAAAUCCAAUUCGAGUCAAGAGAGCGUGGAUGAAUGUGCCCCUCCUGAUAUUCCUGAUGGCAUGGUUCCAAAAAGCGAGUCCACCUAUUCUAUUGAUAUUCCCAAUUCUAUAACGAUCUGGAAAGUGAAGCCUCGACCCAUGCAGAGCAGUGACUAUUAUCAAUUCACCGAGUUUGCCAUGUCCUUGAAUGAGCUGGAGAGCGGAAUGGAGAAAAACUUGUGUCCAACAGAUUCGCGUUUGCGACCGGAUAUACGAAAGUUGGAACAAGGAGAUAUCGAUGGAGCUGCUAUUGAAAAAACGAGAUUAGAAGAGAAACAAAGAGACGCCAACAAACAUCGCAAAAGCAAGAAAGGGACAGAAUGGCAUCCGAGAUGGUUUAACUCCGGAAUUAAUCCACAUACCAAGCAGGAAGACUGGGUCUACAACGGGAAUUACUGGAAGAGGGAAUACACCGAUAAUCCUGACAUAUUUUAAAUUUAAUAAAUCCGGUCGAACAUCCGUAUCGUUUCUUCAUACCGGACUCAACAAAUGUAUACUUUUCAUUCCGCUAGGCUGAUUUAUAGAAGUUCUUUGGAGAAACGAAAUAAAUUAUGCCUCCACGAAACCGUAGGAAACAUGCUCAAGGACAAGUACCUUUGCGCUUCGGAAACUAUUAAUAGACUAGGAGUUUCAUUAUAUAGAUUAUCCUAGAGUCGGUGUAUAAGUGUGCCAAAAGAGCACCAUACCAUCACAGUUAAAUUGUAUAGGUAGCGCUUUACAGCUUCCAAAAGGUGGAAAUACAUAUGUACCUAUACCUCUACUACCAGAUAUCAUUUACGCAAUAAUUUCAGAACUAACCAAGGUUCAUCAAUCGGUGUGUGUUACGAACGUAGAUUCGUCUAAUUAUUGAGGCAACGCGCCAUAGCAUAAAUAAUUGUUGAUAUUUUCUUAAUAUUUUAGGGCACGUGGCUAGUUUAGUUACCAACUAAAAAUAAUUAUCAUUACAAGUAUAUUGUCUGUAUAGGAUAAACAUAGAUAGAGGCCUGAUGUUGCAAAACUGUCUAUAAAUUUGUUGCGAUUCCUUUAUUUUAAACACUUUUGUUAAAACAGAACGCCUGAUCGUGCUACAAUUUAAUUUAAAAAUGAUAUUCACCAUAACUUUCAUUACCGGAACAAUGAAGUCAAUAUAUUGGGAUCAUGAAGUAGGUAAAAUAAGGUAUGUACAGUAGAUCAUUGAAAAUUCUGUUUCCAUUUUGUAAAUUAUUAUCGUCAAUAAAUAUUUUGUUAUGAUUUA